AUGUCUUCAUUCAAACUCGAGACGGUCUUCCUCAUGAACGUUGUUCUCUAUCUCCCCCUUUCAGACGUGAAGACUUUUUACACUGUCUCACACUCUACACAACAAAGUUGUCUCAGAAUGAAGACAAACCCAUGGGGUUAUAGCGACGAUAUACAUCCAACUGCUUCACUUGAAACAAUUCACACGUUUCUCCCAAACAUCGAGACCCUCACAAUCCCUCACAAAGUCGUUGGUGUUGUGUUUCAGCAAUUUCGUCACGCGAAACAAGUCUCUUACAUCGACAAUUUCACAGAAAAAGAAACUACAAAACAAUACAGACACAUCGAAGCACUCAAAGCAAAGAACAAAUUUACAACAACACUUGCAGAGACAACAAUAUACAUCGGCCCUGCAAACAUCAUUCCAACUGACACUUCGAGAGUCUCGAAAAUAGUUUGUUUGCAGGAUUUCUUCUUCUUCACAAAGAAGAUCGAGUGGUCUGCAUUUCCCGUUCUCAAAACAAUUGUCAUCUUUUUGGUCUUCACAAACGAAACACUCAAAGCCGAUUUGAUGCAAAUUAAAGAGCAGUGUAUCCCAGACUCUAUCAACGUCGUUUUCAAAACCACUUUCGCGUUUAAGCAACUUUUAACUUCAACAAUUAAAAACAUCUUCAACACUUUUUUGGAUGGGGGAAUUCCUGUGAUAUUCAAUGAAGAUGAAAAUCACACCACAUUUGUAUAUUCACAACAGUUCAACACAAACUUCGCCAAACUCGAGAACUCGAAAAAGCAACUUGAGUAUCAACGGUUGUACCUCCCAACGAAACUUAAUAUCAGCAACAAUGGAGACUACAACAUUUUCAAUUACCUCAAAAAGGUGAAGAUUUACAAUGCGAGUGUUGUGCUUCCACCAUCUAUCGAAGAGAUACAUAUCAUGAAGAAAACUGUUCUUAUUGAGAACAUCGAGUGUCUCAGCAACUUAAAGACGAUUUGUAAGUGCGACGAUUAUAAUGUGCCGACACGUCUCGUCGACAAAAUUGUAUUUGACACUGUCACAUUCAACGAUUACUACCCUUUCAUCUAUGUCAUGUUUCUUUGUUACAUUCUUCUUAAGCUUAUGGUGAUGCUAUUUGUAUCACAUUUUGACAUCUCCACGGCAAUCUUGUCGGUCAAAAUUGAAUCGAUGUUGUUCAUGGACGCGUUACUUCUCUUUGUGUGUGGCGUCACCUUAUUUGACAAUCGGAACAUACUCGUCUUUGUGUCCGUCUCAAUUGUUACGAUCUUUUGUUUGGUAUUUACUUACUGCGGCUUUUAUGUGACUAACACUCUGACAACAACAAUUUACGUGAGCUCUCAGUGCAUCCUUUCUCUGUUUUGUGCAAGUCUAACGGGAAACUUCAACUCGGGGGCUUACAAAUUCUCGGAAAAGCUGUACCACUACACACACUUUAAAGUCCUCCACUUCAUCUUCUCACGCUUUGAAGGUAAAAACGGUGAGAAAAUGUGUAGACAAGUUAAAAUACCUUUCAUGUACUUUGUCAUUGCUUUGUCGUUGUUUAGCAUCUCUUGUAUGGCACAUACAACGUGGUACUUUAUUAUUCUCUUAAUGUGUGGCGUUGUGUUUAUACUCGUCUACACAUAUUUCUUGCUCUUUGGAGAUUCACAGCUUUGA